CGUAUCAGCUGCUGCAGAGGCGCGCGCGUCACAGAGAGGAGGCGGAUUCACGCGUGGAUCUAAAUGCGUGUCAGUCACUUUCCCUUCAUGUCGGUGGAUCUUCUGUUUCUGACCGACCGCACCGGGGACAGACAACCGCGCGGCUGCACUGAACAGACCGUGUUAGCGCGCACGCAGACGUGUCAGCGCUGGUUUGGCGGACUGCGGUAAAACUGCUCGGUCGUUCACGCGCUUCGGAAACUAAUUCAUCUCAAGUACCGAGGGAGUGGAUGUGCACGUGCCGGUGUGACAGAGUGAAGCUGACGCGGAGAUUAAUCCCAAGCGAGCUCGUCUGAACCACUUCCAUCCAUCCAUCCAUCCAGCCGGGACCUGCCGCGCUCUGCUCCCCGCCGGGCUGCGUCCCCCCUCCCCGCUGCGGUGCGAGGCGGCGGUCCGCUCUUCUCGGUGCUGACUCUGUUAUGCUCGGCUGCGCAGCUACCGGCCGAUCAGCACCGAACACCGGCUCCCUCUCUUUCACAUGGGCGGAGACGAGGAGGGGGUCAGCGCCCGGAGAAACCGCGGAGGGAACGAGGAGAGCGGAGAGAGCGCAGCGUCCCUGGACCCGGACAGAGAGAGGAGCUACGCGGAGCUGUUCGAGCAGCUCGACUUGAAUAAAGAUGGCAGAGUAGACAUCGGUGAGCUGAGGACCGGACUGGCAGCCCGUGGUUUACACCGGGGAGAGGCAGAGGAGAUCGUCCUCGAGAGCGACAUCAACCAUGAUGGUCUGCUGGACCUCCAGGAGUUCUCUCAGUACCUGCAGGCUCACGAGAAAAGGCUGCAGCUCAUGUUUCACAGCCUUGACCGCAACAAUGAUGGUCGGAUUGACGUGGGGGAGAUCCAGCACUCGCUGCACAAACUUGGAGUGGAGGUCACCAUGGAGCAGGCCUCCAGAAUAUUGCAGAGUAUGGACAGGGAUGGAACUAUGACCAUCGACUGGAAUGAAUGGCGUGAUCACUUCCUGUUUAACCCCUUCCACAACAUGGAGGAGAUUGUCCACCACUGGAAACACUCCCAUAUGUUUGACAUUGGGGAACAUCUGACAGUGCCCGAUGAGUUCUCAGAGCGGGAGCGGCGGUCAGGUCUAGUGUGGAGGCAGCUGGUGGCUGGAGCCAUGGCAGGGGCAGUGUCCCGGACAGGAACCGCUCCUCUGGAUCGCCUCAAAGUCUUCCUGCAGGUACACGGCUCUGCGUCUCGAGGGAUUAAUCUGUGGUCUGGACUGAGGGGAAUGGUCAAAGAGGGAGGCAUCGUCUCACUCUGGAGGGGAAAUGGUAUCAAUGUCCUCAAGAUUGCCCCUGAAUCUGCCAUUAAGUUUAUGGCCUAUGAGCAGAUCAAGUGGGUGAUCCGGGGCAAUAGAGAGGGGGGCAGUUUGAGGGUACAGGAGAGGUUCAUUGCUGGGUCUCUGGCAGGAGCUACUGCCCAGACCAUCAUUUACCCAAUGGAGGUGCUGAAGACUCGUCUAACUUUAAGGAAGACGGGACAAUACUCAGGUAUGGCUAAUUGUGCCCGACAGAUCCUGCAGAGAGAGGGUGUCCGAGCUUUCUACAGGGGCUACCUGCCAAACACCCUGGGCAUCAUCCCCUAUGCUGGCAUUGACUUGGCUGUAUAUGAGACUCUGAAGAACGCCUGGCUCCAGAGGUACUGUGUAGACUCAGCAGAUCCAGGAGUUUUGGUCCUGCUGGGCUGUGGCACCGUCUCCAGCACUUGUGGUCAGCUGGCAUCCUAUCCUCUUGCUCUCAUCCGGACACGCAUGCAGGCGCAAGCGGCCACUGCAGAGGGUAAACCCAAGAUGACGAUGAUGGGCCAGUUCAAGUACAUCAUAUCUCAUGAAGGUGUACCGGGCCUGUAUCGCGGCAUCACCCCGAACUUCCUCAAAGUCAUUCCUGCAGUCAGCAUCUCCUACGUUGUGUAUGAGCACAUGAAGAAAGUCCUCGGGGUGGGUAACUAGGCUGAGACAAAAAAACAAGGGACAAGCAAGAGGAAGAAAACAGAAAUGGAAAAGACUUGAUACACAAGUGAGAAGCAGAUCUGAGGUGAUGGUGCAGCUUCUCAGACUGAAGAUGAACUGGAGGAAAUGGAAGGAAGUCUAGGAAAAGGAGAGGAGAAAGGAGGCAUUUUUCAGAUUGGGAUGGUGCUGCUACAGUAUACACUGCACUUUCUGUCGACACAUUCAGGUUCCAGCUUGUGUAACUUGCUGCUCAUUUGCCUGUGGAUCAUUUUUUUUGUGUCAUUUGGAAAACACCCUGGUCCAGUGCACACAGCUUAACAAUAGAGGUAUUUUAACAGACUGUGGUCUAAUAAUAUGCUGGAUGUGUCAUUUAUUAUUUCUCAUUUAUUGCUGCCUCUGGUCGUAUCCAGCUGAGGUUGUUGGGCACAGGGAGAAGAGAUACUGCUGUCUUGAAAACAGCUGGUUGAGCUGAAGAUGACUGAAGCUUUUUUGCUAAGAUAAUUUAAUAAUAUUAACAACUUUGGCUCCACAAUGUGGGUCAGUAAACAUUAAACAUGUUUUUCAUCCAGAUUGGGAUAAAUGAAGGAGGCUCCUACAACCAAACCCAAACAAUGAGCGAAGAAUGACUAAGUCUUAGUUUCUUAGUCUUUCUUAGUCCUUAGAAAAAUGCAUUGUGGUAAGAUACUAUACUUCCAAAACAUGGCCUCAGGUACUUUGCACAUUACAAUCUCCUGCAUGUCCCAGACAUUUACUGCAGCUAACCAUACUGUCGUUUUUACAUGAGAACGCAUGAAACCUAUACUUUGGUGCAGACCCUGUAGAAACACAGUAUUACCAAACCUGGAAGGACAGAACAUUUCAAUGCACGAAAGUGCUUGGACACAAUUGUAGAAAGAUGUGAUAUCUGAUGCAGGUGUUUGAUGGAAUCCCUGUAUCUAACCUGCAGACAAACCUUUACUAUGCAGAGGACAGUUUACAGUGUAUGUUAGGUCUGACGGUGCUGCUCGUGUCUUCCUGUGUACAACCCUCAACAGCCCGGUGGUGAUCAAACGUUGAUCAAACAAAGGUCUGUGUUGUGGCAUCAUUAGUCUGGGAAGAGUUGAGGUACUUAAACAGCAAUACACUUGUGUCUGGUAUCAGGGACUUAAUCAUGUGACUGUGAAAUGAUACAAAUGUUUGUGGCUGAAGAGGCAUUCCAUGUCCUAAUACUUAAACAACUCAGGGUGUUGGGUGACCGUUGUUGACAUGACAUGAGGUAAAAAUAAGCAGCCUCUCGUUUCAUGGUUGUGAGGUACAGAGGUGCGUGCACAGCCAGUCAAAAAGAGAGUUGCGUCAACAACAGCUACCAACUCCUCACAGUUGAACUGAAACCUCUCUGUUCAAUGUGGGAUCCAUAUGACACAACUUCAUUGAGCUCUCUGUGUGUCGUUCAGCCUCGUCAGAGUUUGAAUAAAACAAUCCCGACUCAAGGUCCACUAACUAGCUUUUUCUGCUGCGUUCAAUUGUAUCAAGAUAAAGUCCUAAUCAGCAGAUGUAGUUUGCUCAGUCGUCAGGGAG